AGGGGCUCGGAGUUUGGUCGCGGGCUGAUUUCCGGAGUGCCCCCCAUCCAUAUAAGAACCACAUUAUAACCAUGAAUACGCAGUUCCAAGCAAAUGCAAACCACAUACCAGUCGUUUAUCAAGGGUCCCGAAGAGGACAACACAGUGCCGGUCAAGUCCAAAACCUUCAGCACAAAUAUCAAGGAUCGGUUCUCGCUCAAAGGAAAAGUUACGGUGGUAACAGGAGGUUUAGGAGGUAUUGGAAGAGCCAUUUGCAUCGGAUAUGCUCAGAUGGGAGGCGACGUGGCCAUUAUGGACUACGCUAGAGACGGUGGAGAAUUUUCCGCCCAAUUACAAUCCCAGUGGGGGAUUCGGUCCAAGUCGUACCGAUUGGACGCAACUGCGAGCGAUGCGGUUAAGGCGGCGGUUGAAUCUGUUAUCGGUGAUUUUGGAACCAUCGAUGUGUUUGUGGCCAAUGCUGGAUUACCAUGGUACAAAGGCACUGUUAUUAGCGAGUCAGCAACCGUUGAAGACUGGCACAAGAUGAUGGAUAUCAACUUAAAUAGUAUCUUCUACUGCGCCAAGUACGUGGGGAAGCAUUUCGAGCAGCAGCAAAAAGGCCUGUUUGUGAUCACAGCAUCGAUGUCUGCUCACAUUGUAAACAUUCCCCAGUACAAGGCAGCCUACAACGUCUCCAAGGCUGGUGCCAUGCAUUUGGCCAAGUCUUUGGCAGUAGAAUGGGCAGGUUUUGCUCGUUGCAACUCGGUUUCUCCUGGGUAUACAGACACCAUUUUGUCAAGCCCAGUGCCCACUGAGGAUCGGGCCAAAUGGUGGGGAUUAACACCUAUGGGUCGUGAAGCCCAUCCAGAAGAACUUGUGGGUGCAUAUGUGUACUUGGCAAGUGACGCCAGUAGUUUCACCACCGGUACUGAUAUUCGAGUAGAUGGAGGCUACACCCUUAUUUAGAUGCAAAAUACAUAGUUAGCUGAGUGCGC